UUAAAGCUGAUUCACUGGGAGCGAGUGAGAACUACAAUCUGCUUAGACUCAACAACACGGUAUCGCCUUCCUAAGGUGGGCAUGGCGUUCAAGAUUUGUUGGAGUGAGACAAAGUUACCAGGUGCAAGCAACUGAAGACACAAGACAGAACAACUCCCCAUGGCUGCUAGAGCCAGUAGCAGAACUGAAACUCCGAGACCGGGGUGGGUCGCUUUUUCAGACGAGGAGUCACAGGCAGAUGAGGACCCCCUCCAGCCCUCUUUAGACCAGCCUGUGCUGGACUGCUCUACAUGGGCAGAAGUACCAUGUGUACGUGGCCACAAGACAGAGCAGACGAAUUCCUGGGUUCAGUUUGAUGACAAACCAUGGUUACCCUCUCCUCCUCCCUCAACGCAGGUAAAAGGUCCCAGACACAGCAUUUGCUCUUCAGCCAGUUUCUGGAGUACCGUUCCCCCUUCAGAGAGCAGCUGGACCACCCAAUCAGAGGAGCAGAGCUCCGUGAGCAUGGGGGCGUCUUCCUGUGACCUGCCCUCUCUUAGCACCGAAGAGCCACCCAGUCAAACACCCUCCUGUCCUCACUCUCCAAAUUCUUCUGUGUGCCAAGAGGAUGAAGAAAUAACCAUGGAUUCGUUCAACUGUACAGCAAAUAACCAACACACUAAUGGCCAUUCAUAUGUCACCUCCAACCACUUUACAAGUUGGGUUACUUUUGAUGAUGAUGAGGACAUCCAGUCUCCAGGGAGACCUUCUAAUAUAAAACUGGAUAAUCUAAACAAUUCGCCACUGCAGGAUGCCAACAGCAACUUGAUUUCAUCUUCCAUUUUUGGUCAGAUGACAGAGAGACACAUCCUGGACUUGGCCCCUAAUGGCACCAAUUCCAUCUUUGCCUUUGAUAACUCACUAUCGAACAACAGUGUCCCUUAUAACAAGACGAACCCUUUCCUCAAUGAUGAGUUCUCCAGCCUACAACCCUCUCCUAUUAACCCUUUCAGUGCCUUUUUUGACAAAACCGACCUUAAAACGUCCCAAGGCAUUGGCGUGUGUCCAGAAUCACCGAAUAUGUCCAGCUUCAGCUCACCAUUCUUUGAGUAUCAAGACGAUAAUAUCAAAAAGGAAUCUAUUUUGCUUUUUUCAGCUCAAAAGGACUCUGCAAUUGGAAACGAUAGUGUCCCACCAGGCUUUCCUCUGGAUGGUCUGGAUCAACUCAAGAAUAUACACAUCUCUGACCCUGAACAUGAUGGUAGUCCUACACUACCAGAUGAUUCAGUAGAUGCAGUUUUCUCAGAUGAUUCCAACUAUGAACCAGACCACAUGACUCCCCAGGAAGGCUGGCCCAUGCUCCUGCGCAUCCCUGAGAAGAAGAACAUCAUGUCCUCACGUCAUUGGGGGCCAAUAUUUGUCAGAUUGACUAAAAGUGGACAGCUGCAACUUUUCUAUGAGAAGGGGCUAGAAAAGCCCUUCAAAGAGUUCCAGCUGAACUCCCAGCAUGAGAUAUCUGAACCCAAGCUCCAGAACUACGACGAGAAUGGUCGGGUUCACACCAUCAGUUUAGACAAUGUGGUUUACAAGGAGAAGAGGAAAAUCCAGCCCAAGGUCACUGUGGUUCAUUUGCCCAUAAGAGAGCAAGUGGUGAAACUUGGGACCACAAACUACCAGGACUUCUUGAGCUUCCGUCAUGCUCUGCAGGAGAGCCUUGUAGGACUCUCGGUGGAUCAAGAAGGUCUCAACUGGCCAACGACUUACACUGACGAGGAGGUCCACGUGGAGGUGAGAGACAACUUUUAUGGGAUUCUGUCCAAAGGGGACGGCCGUAUCUUGGAGCAGCUAGUUUUGAGCCGAGUGAACAUGCUAGCAUUCUUGAAUGGAUCUCCACCUUGUAGUAUCGGCCUAAAUGAUAUCCAGGUCAAAGGUAAAGAGGUGGUUUCUCGGCAUGACAUAAUUCCCAACACAACAUCACGUUGGAUUCAACUGCGGGAUUGUCGACUGCAUGAGUGUGCAGACCAGUUAGAGUUCACAGAGUCCCGUGCCAUUACGUUUAGUCCACCGAUUGGUCGUCGCUUUGAACUACUGCGUUUCCGCACUGCGUUCGCAGAAAAAUCCCUUCCCUUCACCCUAAGAACAGUCGCUUGCGUCAGGGGUGCGGAAGUGGAGGUUCAGUCAUGGCUGGUGAUGUCAACAGGGUUCACAUCCAAUCGGGAUCCUUUAACUUUAAUACCAUGUGAGAACGUUGCUAUCCGUUACCCCAUACCAGAAAUUUGGGCAAAGAAUUUUAGGCGGGAGAGUGUGACAGGAGAAAAGUCCCUGAAGGCUCGAUUCAAUAAAGGAGCCAGCUUUGGUUCAACCAGCACAUCAGGGUCCGAACCAGCCAUGAGGGUCACGAUCGGCACAGCUAAAUACGAACAUGCCUUUGGGUCUGUGGUGUGGAGGAUCAGUCGCCUGCCAGACAAGAACUCAGCACUGGGACACCCUCAUACGUUCUUCUGUCGUCUGGAGCUGGGCUCAGAUUGGGAGGUGCCUUCUAAGUUUGAGUGCCUGGUAGAGGUUGAGUUUGACAUGCCCUCUGCUUCUGCGUCCAAAGCCACCGUUCGCUCUCUGUCCGUGGGGGACAGAACUGACUUGAAGAAAUGGAUCACCUACAAAUCACAUUACUCCUACCAGGUGGCAGUCGAGCAGAAGAAUGAGAGCACAUUGGACAGUCCUCAAAACGAGAAGCCAGACGAGUGCACUCAUCAGUGAGGAACCAGGAAGAGAGGAAGGGACACAGGUUGCACUUGUUGAACAAGAGAAAGUUCAACCUUGAACUAGUUUUCGUUUACAUUUAUUGUCCAUUUGGGCAAUAUUUCGAAAUUGAAACAUAUUCAGUAAGAAUAAACACACCACAGACCCCUCGCAAAACACUACAGCAUAUUUCCAGAUCUCCACCUUUUUUGCAUGUCUGAAUAUUUCAAUAAAAUGAAUCACCAUUACAGCAAAGUACAGAGCUUUUUAUUUUACAGACAUGAAAACAUUGUGAAUAACUCCCAAUCAUCUCAUUAAGUCCAAUAAUCAUCUUUGCCUGAAACAAUACAGCUGCCAUCUGUACUGCAGAGAUCACUGAGAUUUUGUGUACAUUUGUGUAUAUUUUGGCCUAUGACGAGUCAUUUGUGUAGGGUUACCGGGUAUAUUUUCUUGCUAUUUAACUUUGUACAGAAAAUAAUGAGGGACUUGUUAACUAACACAUUUCAGAACUGUUUUCAAUUAGAAGACAAAUAAGUAACUCACUAAUUUCUCGUUAAAAAUAAAUGCUUUUAUAAUGUAAUAAUGUAUAAACUAGUACAGAUCUACUAGUGAUGUGAAUUGUUUACCUUAGAUUUGUGUUCAUGAGUCUAUUAAAAGCACAUUUUGAUUCAUUUUUUAUGAAUAUUGAUAUAUGAAUUCCAUUUACAGGCUUUUUUUUUUUCCUCACAAAUUUCUAAUGAAAAUAUAAUUCACGUUCAAUUGAUCUUCAAUCUUGAAUUAAAAUUUUGCCAAACAAUGAGUUCUUAAAGCAGAGUAUUCCUGUGAGGGGAAAUUGAUCAUGUUUGUCAGAACCCUGUACUUUUCACAUCUUGUUGAGUUUAACAAUUACUCGAGUUCAAAAGGGGGCGUACAUUUGUGUUAAACUAUUGAAAACUGCUGUAAUAAUGUCUUUUUUCCCCCCCUUUUUUUUUCGGUGUGCUUUGAACAAUUUUUCUUCACAAUUCUUUUCUGGUGUACUGCAUCAUUUCACUAAUGGGUGUUGACAUUAAACUGAUGAGUAAUACAUGUUUAAAAAUAUAUAUUUAAGAUGACACUUCACAAAUAAUAUUUGUGCAUUGUUUCAUUUUAUGUUGUUUUGGUUUUGGGAAUCGCAGUUGCUUUGAUUGUUCCCCGUGCACAAACCUUGGAUGAUUUAAAAAAUAUAUAUAAUGGAUGUUUUAUUCAUAAUUAAAUGAUUAUGAUUUAAGGUAGCUCUGUUUUGUCCUGUAACACAGAGGAAUACACUCGAUAGAGUGGUAACACUUUACAAUAAGGUUUCAUUUGUUAACACAUUUAGUUCACAUGAUGAACAAAGAAUGAACAAUACUUUUAUAGCAUUUAUUAAUCUUAGAUAAUGUUAAUUUCAACAUUUACUAAUACAUUAUUAAAAUCAUUUUUUUUUUAUUUGUUAACAUUAGUUAAUGCACUGUGCACUAACAUAAACAAACAAUGAACAACUAUAUUUUAUGUUAACAAUGAGACCUUAUUGUAAAGUAUUACAGAAAUAAUUCUUAGUGUCAUUAAUUGUUUGUCUUGUUGUUGUUGUUUUUUUCCCCCUGUUUUUUUCAGGAUUGAUUGUUGUUGUUUUUUCUGGGUUGGUUUUCUUUUAUUAAUGUUUAAAAAAAUUGAUGUAGUAUGGAUAGAUAUGUUUUAUUUUUUAUUGUCUUAAUAACUGUAAUUCCACUAACAUUCAAAUAGGCACCUUCAUCUCUCAACUGGACGGCAUACAAUAAAGUAUGUUUAAAAAAAUGCUA